AUGCUGCUGGCCCAGCGUCUUCUUCCUGACGAAGGUUGGGAUGAUGCCAGUGUGGAGCUACUCCUGCAUACGCUUUCAUCAAUGGACAGCAAUAAUUUCAGAGGACGCGCUGGUACAGGCGAGCGCGAAGGACGUGUAUUCUCCUCACUGGUUGCUCGUCGUCACUAUUACCUCGCACAUGGUGUGGAUCGAUCCGGUGAUGUAGCAGCAGUGCAACCUAAAGCCGCCGGGUCCUCACUCAUGGUUCAGCUAGCUAAUGCUUUGGCUAAGGAUGUACUGCCCCUCGCAGGCAUGCGAGCGGUGCAGGCUGCGCUUAUAUUACCUGUUGCGACCGGAAUGUCGCUCACGUUGUCCGACUUAGAGGCUGGAUUGAUACCAUUAGUAUUGGCGAAUGUCUUGGUUGGGUUCGAAGAUACCGGCUCUGGUGGAUACUUAAAUACAGAUUUGGCGGGUAUGGCAGCAAUGAUGGAUGGAUCAAUACACAUGACUAAAUUAGUGGCUGUUGGUGUAGCACAUGUAAUCAAUAAUGCGUACGGUGUCCAGGCAUCCAAAUGUGUUCACGAAAUUGAAUUGGCUAUGAGAUCUGGACGUGUGGAUGCUGUGGUGCAGAUUCUCGAUAAGACUUCUUGGUGCCCCUCCACUCCCACUCUUGACUUUUUCAUCACAAUACUCCAAAUGGGAAAUCGAAGACUACUUAACGAACGUAAACAAGUAGCAGGCUACAUGCGCAUGAAGCUCAAUGCGGUAGCCAUGGAGGAGGGCGAGCGUGUACUGCACGUCUUAAGCAACGAAAUCUCCUUUGCGAUGACACUUACGACUUUAUGUCCGAAUGUGACAAAUAUGCAAGAAGUAUCGCGACAGCUUACAUCACUCCGAUUCAUGCUCUUUUUAUAA